GAGAAAAUCAAGAAUAAGGGGACACAGAGACUGCAGAAUUGGAUUUUAGCAGCAGUUCUUCUCUCGCCAAAAGACUAACAAGCAGAAUUGCAGUGACGAGAAAAUGGCUAAGCAGAAGAGAGAUAGAAACAAUCUCAUUGCUUUGACAGGAGCCGCUGCUCUUGUUGCUAUUGCAGUCAACUUUGCUAUCUCCGCUAUCAACAACAAACAUCGAAAGAAAAAAGAUGUUCCAGGUUCAAAAGUUCGAGUGAACCUAUCUGCUUCUGAAAUUACGAAAUUGGCAGAAAGCAUAAUUAACAAAUCGAAACAGGUUCAUGAUGCUGUUGCUUCAGUUUCACUUGAAAAGGUUGGCUAUGUAAAUGUGAUAUUGCCAUUAGCAGAGUUGGAGGCACAGCAGUUCCCAUUGAUCCAAUCAUGUGUCUUUCCUAAAUGGUUAUCAACUUCUGAAGAUGUACGCAAAGCUAGUGCUGAAGCAGAGAGAAAAAUAGAUGGUCACAUUACAAUGUGCAGGAAGCGCGAGGAUGUGUACAGAGUUGUCAAAGCUUUGACAGUAACAGGGGACAGAUUGACUAAUGAUGCUAAAAGCUUUACUCGGUUCCUGGUUCGAGAAUUUGAAAGGAAUGGUGUGAAUCUGACCUUAUCUAAGAAAGAGGAGUUGCAGCGUUUAACAGCAAAUAUAGACGAGCUAAGCAUGCAAUACAUUUGUAAUCUGGAUGAUGAUUGUAGUUUUCUACUUUUCACUGACAUGGAGCUAGAAGGGUUACCCCAGGAGUUUCUCAAGAGCUUAGAAAGAUCUGAAGAUGGUAAAAGAAAAAUCAUUAUGAGAAGCCAUCAAAUUUCACCAGUGCUGGAGCUUUGCAAGGUGGGAUCAACCAGAAGAGCUGUUGCUAUUUCCUAUGGGCACAGAUGUGAAGCCAAUGUUACUAUCCUUGAACAGCUGAUUCAGUUGCGUCACAAACUUGCUAGAUUGCUUGGCUUUGCAAAUUAUGCUGACUAUGCCACUGAUGAUAGAAUGGCAAAGUCUUCCUCUAAGGUGUUUGAAUUUCUGGAGAGUCUCUCUGCCAGCUUAAAUGAUUUAGCCUACAGGGAACUUUCAAUGCUUAAAGCGUUAAAGAAGAAAGAGGAAGGUGAAUCUCCUUUUGGCAUGGAGGAUCUCUCAUACUAUGUCAAAAGAAUCAAAGAUCAACAAUUCCAUAUAAAUUUUGGAGUAAUUAGACAAUACUUUCCUAUCAAUUUGGUUUUAUCAGGCAUCUUCAAAAUAUGCCAAGAUUUAUUUGGUUUAGGUUUCAAGGAAGUUGAAGGUGCUGCGGUUUGGCAUCCAGAUGUUCAACUUUUUUCAGUUUCGGAUCUAAGUUCUAAAGAACUUGUUGGUUAUUUUUAUCUAGAUCUGUACUCCAGAGUAGGCAAAUAUGCUCACACCUGUGUCAUAGCUCUUCAGAAUGGCUUACUAAGUAGUGGUUCUAGACAGAUUCCUGUGGCACUACUUGUUUCUCAAUUUGAAAAGGAAGUUGAUGGUCACCCUCGGUUAUUGCAAUUCUCGGAAGUGGUUAAUCUUUUUCAUGAAUUUGGUCAUGUGGUACAUCACAUUUGCAACUGUGCAUCAUUUUCCAAAUUAUCGGGGCUGCGUCUGGAUCCUGAUUUUGUGGAGAUCCCUGCCCUUUUGAUGGAGAAUUGGUGCUACGAAAGCCUCUCCUUAAGACUGAUCUCUGGCUUUCAUCAGGAUAUCACAAAGCCCAUUAAGGAUGAUCUUUGUAAAUCACUUAAGAAAUGGCGAUGUUCCUUCUCAGCACUGAAAUUGAAACAGGAGAUCUUUUAUUGUCUAUUCGAUCAAAUUAUUCAUUCAACUGAGAAUGUUGAUAUUAAUGGGCUGUUCAAGCAUCUCUAUCCGAAGGUUAUGGUGGGAUUACCGCUUCUAAGAGGAAUAAACCCAGCUUCAUGUUUUCCACGAACUGCUAUUGGCUAUGAGGCCACUUGCUACAGUCACAUCUGGAGUGAGGUUUUUGCUGCUGAUGUAUUUGCCUCGAAGUUUCAUGAUGAUAUUUUCAACGUGCAAACAGGUUUGCAAUUUAGGAAUAAGGUUUUGGCUCCAGGAAGAGGAAAAGAGCCCCUUGAAAUGUUGUCAGAUUUUCUUGGGAGGGAACCAUCAAUACAAGCUUUUCUUGACAACAGAGCUGAUAUAAACUAGAGCUAUGUUUCACUUUUAAUAGCAGGGUGAUUUUUUCUGCCCCAUCCUGUAAAGUUGUAGAAGCUGGCAAGAA